GACUCUUCAAUUUAUUUUCCCAAAACGCAAGUUUUAGAGGCCUCCUCGCAGGGCAGGUAAGAAAGAAACAAGUUCCCCGCCGACCCGCGGAGCAGGAGCCUCUCAGAAUUCUGCAGACUUGCAAAAAUUCUGCGUAGAUGAAGGUCGGCGCGCUGAGUAUGGGUAGGCGGAACAGGCCUUUCGACAGUACGAAAGUGUAUUGUCCCCGCCGGGGAGCGACGCAGCAGUCAGACAAUGUCAACUUUUCGCCGCUGCUCAAGCUUCGUCUGGACUCCGCCGAGGUGCCGGUGGUCUUUCCAGGGGCGGUACUUCAUACUUAUUUUGAUUUAGGUCCUCCUUUGGUUUGCAGGUGCAAGAGCGUAUGUUACCGUUUUUACAUGGUCUUUUUCCACUUGCCAUGAUGCACAUAAAAGAAAACCUUAUCGCAAUUUUUUCAAAUAAAUUCCAACAACAGGAACUGUCCGGUCAAAUAGUGCUGCUUCGCGAUAUGCACCAGGACAUGGAGAGACUUGAAAUGACACUAACGGGCCGCGCCAUCGCAAAGUGGUGGAGCGACGGACAGUGCUACUUUGGGAGGGAAAAAUUUAUCAAGGAAAAGUUCGUCGUUUGGGAGACAGAAAGUAUUGAUAAUUUUCGAUAUGAUUUAUGCACAUGAGAUUUUCGUUUUUCUGAUGCGAUGCUAGAGUCAUAUGAUAUAAUCACACACUGCGUGUUGUGACAGUGCAGAGCACACUGAGUACCAUCAGAAGAAGAAAAGUAUAGCAGUCAUUCUACAAAAAUCCACAAUACACGACAACCUUAACAACAGGAGUGGACGGUGACGAUACCCCUCCGCAUCUGAAGCCGCGCAUGACGACGGGCGGGCUCCCGGUGUACCAGACCGCCGGGCGCGAGUGGAGCUUCGCGAUAAAGUGGCCGAUGAAAGAGAUUUACCCCCCGUCCACCACGCCGGACGGCAUUUUCAAGGACAAGGCCUUUGACAAGUGCGCGGGCGUAUUCUACAAGGUGAAGGCGAAGCUGUUCGUGAGGAAUCAGGAGAUGGCGCAACCGAUCUACAUGAAGACGUCCAUGUACUUCCCCUGCCACGGCACGGGGAACGUGUACUUCAGCCCGCUCGCCAGACAGGCGUUUGAGCAGGGCAGCAUCGUGUGCGGAAGUCUCAACGUCAGGCGCGAAACGUUGGACGUGAACACCGGAAAGUACGCUAGGGCCUUUUUUUGUGUUUUCAUGUGUAGGAUUUGGAUUUCAUUGCUCGUGUAUGCUGUGGUAUCGUGCCUGAAACUUCUCGUGGCAACAUGUAGUUUAUGUGCCCUGAAGGAUAGCAGCACUCUUGUGAAAAAAUAAGCCAAAGGGGGUCCUGUUUUCCUGUUGAAAGAAUCGCCUACAAGCAAUAUCCUCCAAAAUCACAACACUUCUAGGUACAUAUCCGCGGAAGAAAUUCUGGAGCGCAACCGACAGGAGUGCAUUGAGAAGGGAGUGGAAUCCCAAGGCUUCGAGGGCGGCGAAAUCAUUUCUCUCGGCGCACAGGCGGCCAAGAUGCGACGCGGCCGCAGAAGACGAAAGAAGGGGGGCAAGGCUCCGGCGGGCGGGGGCGCAAGUCCCGAGGGGGGGAAGAAAAAGAAGGCCAAGGCGUCAAAAUCAAAAUCUCUCGAAGGGGAGGACGCAGAGGUACUGUGAAUGUUUGGGGUUGUUAUCGAAUUGAGUGUGUGUAGUGAUAAGAUGGUUCUUUGAAAGACCAUGUAAAUCAUAUCCAUAAGCAUUUGACUGCACCGUCAAUACAUCAAUCAUUACUACCAAAAAAAAAAACAGGAGGAUGAGGAGGCCGGGCAGAAGGGCAAAGGGGGCGCCAAGGCGCUCAUCGACAAUCCCUUUGCAAUUCGCGAUGCUAAUGACGUGCAAGGGAAGCACCAGAUAAAAGCCGACAGUGUGCCAAUCAUUCUACCUGGAACGGACAAAUUCUGCAAGCCACCAUGUAAAUUGAUAAUUUUGGUUUCCUUGGGUUUCUAGAGGUAUGGUGUGUUGUUGUCCUGCCCAAAUUGCGCAACGAGAUGAUGAUGAACUGCAGAUCUCAUCCUUCUUGAAUAACCUCAGCCUAAAAUUUAUCGGAAAACAAAUCAACCACAAAAAUAAUGUCACAAUCACAGGGAGCAAAUCCGAGACCACCGAGGCCGUUUUGGAGAAUGUGACGAUAAAGCCAAGCUGUCUCUACUUGAACAACAUCCCUCGCACCUACACGUCCGAAGUCGAAAAGCGCGCGAUGGAGAAGAGCCCGAGCUUCAACCGGCUGAGUCGCGCGGACCUCGGUCCCCUCCCCGCCACGAACGACGACCAGACCGCGGAUCCCACGAAACAGCCACUGACCAUCAGCUUCAAACUGAGAAAUUGCUCCACGUCCAGCCAGCGGCCCGCGGUCUAUAAGAAGCUCCUCGUGCGGCUCACCGAGGUGGUCUGCAUGAGCGGGCAGCCGGUGGGCAGCGAAAUGACGGAGGACGACUACCAGGACUACACGCUGUACCCACCGGUGGGGACGAAGUGCUUCAAGCAGGAAGACGAGUCCAACCACUUCGAGGUGCUGCAGGAAGAGUGGCACCACUUCACCACCACCUGGACGUCCAGAAUCCUCCACACCCACGUGCUCGAUUCCACCCAGUUUUCCCCCAACGACCCCUCGGGUCAGGACGUGACGAUCGAAAUCCCGGACGUGACCCCCCACUUGGCGAACGUGAUCGAGACCCCGGACACCAUGCGCUACCGGAGUUUUGACGAGGAAGAGCGGGUGAUCGAGGUGAAUUUGUCCGAGCCAAACACUUUGAAGGGGAAAAACAAACUGAUGCCGUUCGGCUGCACGUCGAGCUGCUCGCCGAUUCACCGGGUGCUGCAUUUUCUGUCGAUCGAGAUUAACCAGCCGGCGAAGGAAACCUCGACGAACGACGGGCAGAAAAAAUCCCUCUUCGAGUCCGUCGUGCAGAUCGGCCGGAUACCCAUCUCGCUGUGCGACAAGAACAUGGAGGACCGAUUCGUUUGGCAAAAGAAGUUCGGAUUGCUCUUCGGCCACAAGACGGGGAAAGUCGGGCUGCUGCCAAAACCAAACCAAGUCAUACCACCAGGCAUGAUGGUCACCGAUAUCUCGCCAGGUAGUUGUUUUUUCUUUUUUUCAUCGGAAAUCAAUUUAGAUUUACGUCAGUGGGGAGCCGUCGCCACACAGGCAUCGCAGCUUUUAUGAGGAGUGUUGCGUCACCAGAUCGAGGUUUGCAUUGCAUACCUUGAUAGAAUUCGAUCCACCCUUUGAGAUUCCUCAUUCAUCCGUCUACUUCAAGUGCCUUCACGACCCGUUUUGCAAUACAAAUUGAAAAUCUGAUCACAGGCAACAGCUGUGUCUCGCCGGACGCACAGAAGCAAAAGAAGGAGGAUUUGAAGAUCCAGCUUCCGGGGGAGGAGAUUUUCAUGCGGCGAAACCCUUUGUCUUCCUCCACUGUCGCCGAGGGGUCCGAGGUCGCGGCUAGAAAAGAGAAAAUCGCGGAAGCGCGAGCGAAGGCUCUGGCGGAGUGGGAGCGCCAAGAGGAGGAGAACAAGCGCCUCGUCGCGGAACGGAUGGCGCCGCCGAAGGGACGCAAGGUCUCCGCUGCGGAGGACGACGAAACGGUGUAGGGAAGACGGUUGUGAAGUUUUUUCAUGUUUCGACGGCUUUUUUUUGAAUCAGAUGUUAUAGCAGUGGUCCUGUGUGUGGCCUUGCACCCCAAGGCUGCUAUAGAAGUACUGCUGUAAAUGUCAUAAGUCGGGGCCAUUUUUCUUUUCCCUCGGUUUUAUUUCGAAUUUUCUAAUCGUAAGGUAACUACAUUAAGAUAUUCUAAUUCUAAUCGUAACACUUCUAACACGCAACACGAUAGGAACAGCCAUUCUCUCUCAAGUAGAGGGUGCUGGUCUUAUUGCAGGCAAGGAGGAAUUCUAAUCGUAACACUAGCACACUAUUCUGAUUCUAAUCGUAACACUAGCACACGAAAAAUCAAUAUCAAAAUCAGUGAAGACCGCUCCUUCAUCAAGCACUGAGAAGGAGCGGCGUUUCAAUGUCUUUUUCUUGAAACUAAAGGUAAGUAGAGAAUGGUUUUAUGGGAGGUAAAUUGCAACAAUCAUUGUUUCCCGCCCUACCGUUCGCGGUCGCUUUCACAGCUGUGCGAUUGCUGUGCGACGGCCGGAAGAGGGUUAGUAGCACGAGGACGCUUUUUUCAAUGUUUUGCGAAUGCUGCGGAUGGCGCAAAGAAUAAAGUAAGUACUACUUUUAAUCGAGCUAAAUUUUGCGAAUAGAAGAGUAGAAAACGUACCGGGUAAAAGUUUCGAAUUCGAUAAGAGCAUGGAGUCCUACGUACUGUUUUAAAACCACUGUUAGUUUGUAUGAUUACAAUGCCCAAAUUGCACCAGCGCCGAGAAAAUCUGUUUUGGCAGUGUAAACUGCCCGGAAUAUUAUGCAUGGUGCGGUGUAAGUAGCUUUACCUUCUAAAAAAAUGCUGGAAGAUAGUGCUCGUUGCAGUCUCUAUUUCUCAUAUUGUCCACCUACUGCCUUUCGUGAGAAUUAUUACCCCCGCCGCGUUCUUUCGAAGUACACUCUUCACAAGGUCCAAGCGCUCCCCCGCCCCGACUCAGGUUUCGAUUCCCAAGACUGAAGAUACUUACUUACUUAUCAAAAUUCACUCCCGGUUGUAUACAGCAAUUCU